GUUUUCCGUUUUGUAGUAAAACGUUAGUUACUCACGCAUAAAUAUGUUCUCUCAGAUAUUGUGCUUUACCCUUAUCGUGGCAGUUGUGAUUGCUCAAGAUCAUGGUCAUGCGUUCUCAUCCAAUCACAUCUCUCGCCACGACGGACAUCACCAGACUGUGCACGGCCAUGAUCAUGGCCAUGAUCACCUCGAUUAUUAUACUCAUCCAAAGUACGAGUUUGAAUACAAAGUAGAGGACCACCACACGGGCGAUAAGAAAUCGCAACAUGAGCAGCGUGAUGGCGACGUGGUUGUGGGCGGGUUCUAUUUGAACCAGCCAGACGGCUCCGAUAGACACGUGGACUAUCAUGCUGACGACCACAGCGGAUUUCAUGCGGAUGUUAAAUACAGCACUCAUCAUCUUCAUCAUCACCACUAAAUGUUAAAAUUGUUUGCUGUUAACAGCAAAAUGUUGACUAUUCACUAAUUUUAGGGAAUAAAAGAUUUACUUUUACUAAUUGUUGAUUUUUUGACAUUGUA